AUGUGGCUUCUCGAUACAACCACCUACGAACCGCGCAUGUUCAUCAUCGGCAGUACUGUGCCCCCCUACGCCAUCCUCUCCCAUACUUGGGGAUCCGAUGAGGUGACCUUCCAAGACAUCCAAAACCUGCCCCUGGCAUCCAAGAAAGCCGGCUUCAUCAAAAUUCAGGGAUGCUGCACUCAAGCACUGCGUCACAACAUUGGAUGGGCCUGGAUCGACUCCUGCUGCAUAGACAAAACCUCCUCCGCAGAGCUGUCCGAAGCCAUCAACUCCAUGUACACCUACUACCUCCUCGCCCGUGUCUGCUUUGUCUACCUCGCCGACGUACCGCCCCUAUCCUCGUCCCCUCCCAUGGACCGGCUCUCAUCACUCGCUUCUUCCAAGUGGUUCACCCGCGGUUGGACACUCCAGGAGCUCAUCGCGCCCCGGCGGACAAUCUUCUACACCUCGGACUGGUCCCGUCUCGGAACCAAAGGUGCCCAUACCGAUGAACGCCCCUUCAUCCAGGCCCUCUCCUCCAUCACAGGAAUCUUUGAAUCUGUCCUCGCCAAAACUCGCCACCCGCGCGACUAUUCCGUCGCAGAACGCAUGUCCUGGGCAGCAAAUCGCCAGACUACCCGCGCAGAAGACCUAGCCUACUGCCUCAUGGGCCUCUUCGGCGUCAAUAUCCCCGUGUUGUACGGCGAAGGGCUCAAGCACGCGUUCCAACGUCUCCAACACGAGAUCAUACGGGCAUCUCCCGACGAAACUAUCUUCGCGUGGAGGGCGGAUCCGCAGCAGCAGCUUGUGGACCCGUACACGGGCGAACGCCGAUCCAGAACUAUGACGUCGGGCUUGCUCGCCGACUCGCCCGCCGAUUUUGCCCACUCACACGACGUCCACCAGCGCGCGUUGCUCCCGCCGUCUCCGUUUCGGGAGUUCAGCAUGACCAACAUGGGCCUCUGCAUCACUGCCAACCUUGUGCGUUUGACGCCUGCUACAGGCGGCGGGCCCCGUGGCAGUCCGGCUCCACAGACCGUGUUUGUGGUGCCUAUCGGUGCGAGCGGCCGGUCGAACGAAACCUCGCCGCGUACCCGGGUUGGAUUGUAUUUGGAGCCGGUGCUCGUAGCGGCGAGUCGCGCAGGACACAAGACUUCGUACUUUCGCCGUAUCAUGUGCGAUAAGUUUUGUUUUGCGUCGACUGGCGAGUUUCCGCAGGGCGAGCUUGCCAAUAUUUACAUUCUCGAAGACGAUCAGUUCGCCGAGAUGCAAUUCGCGGAUAGGCCUCCUACUCCAAGACCAGGCUCAGCGUCAGGAUCUGGCUCGGAUGGGGGAGGAGGAAAUUGGUCGCCGUCGAUUGGGGCUAGGUUAUCGCUCUCGCCCAGUCCGUCUCCCAGGCCUUUUCCAGAGAGUAUUCUCUAA